ACGGUGAGGAGCUCACAUUGAUUCAUCACCCGGUCUAAGAACGUCGCUCCGCUAACAGGUCGGUCUACAAACUUUGUUUUUUAUGUGAUUCUUUGUUGCCCUACUGAGAAACAGCAUAACAGUCACAGUCGGUUCCAGUAACAAGUCCUUGUGCAGUAUAUACGAUGGGUCGCACGGCCUCAACUCACUCUGAGGUUCUCCACCCCAUCCGUUACUGCUAGGCCACCUCAGAGGGAUAUUCCCCACGAUGGUGCUGAAACCUUUUCCCGCCCCGGCCGCCUUUCUCGUCCUCUUCUGGAUCGUCUGCAUAAAGUCAACUGUUGGUCUGAUGUUCAACGACAUUUUACCAGAAGACCCUAAACUAUACGACAAAAUGAGACCACCAAAGAAGGACGGCAACCCAACCGUAGUUUACUUUCACGUUACAGUCAUGGGCUUGGACUCCAUUGACGAAAACUCCAUGACAUACGCUGCAGACAUUUUCUUUGCUCAGACGUGGAAGGACAACAGACUAACGUUGCCUGAAAACAUGACCUCAGAAUAUAGAUUAUUGGAGGUGGAAUGGCUCAAAAAUAUGUGGCGACCAGAUUCCUUUUUCAAGAAUGCCAAAGCGGUUACCUUCCAAACUAUGACGAUCCCGAAUCACUACAUGUGGCUGUACAAGGAUAAGACCAUCCUCUACAUGGUCAAAUUGACGCUGACUCUAUCCUGUGCUAUGAACUUCAUGAUCUAUCCCCACGAUACACAAGAAUGUAAAUUACAAAUGGAGAGUCUUUCUCACACAACGGACGAUAUGAUAUUCCAGUGGGACCCUGAUGUCCCGCUUGUGGUUGAUGAGAAUAUUGAACUCCCUCAACUCCAGUUGGUCAAGAACUACACAGCCGACUGCACCCAAGUAUACUCCACUGGUAACUUUACAUGCCUGGAGGUGGUGUUUGUGCUCAAACGACGGCUGGGUUACUACCUCUUCCAUACAUACAUACCAACCUGUCUCAUAGUUAUCAUGUCGUGGGUGUCUUUCUGGAUCAAACCCGAGGCUGCCCCAGCGAGAGUGACCCUAGGGGUGACAUCCCUGCUGACUCUUUCUACUCAACACGCCAAGUCUCAGGCGUCGCUUCCUCCUGUCUCCUAUCUAAAGGCAGUCGAUGCUUUUAUGUCAGCCUGUACCGUAUUUGUGUUCAUGGCGCUCAUGGAGUACUGUCUAGUUAAUAUUGUUUUGGGAGACUCUGACUUACCUCCAAAGCCCACGGAGGUCCUCAAACCAGACAAGAUCUUCGACCUUGCUGCUAAGAACGCUCGCCUAUUGACCGGACAACCGGCCGUGCCACCUAGACCAUCCCAAGCACAACGGAAUCGCACCCGAGCCAUCAACAUAGACAGAUUUUCUAGAGUCUUCUUCCCGCUUCUUUUCUUCAUUCUUAAUUGUUCCUACUGGAUAAAGUUUGCUGAGUUCUUGUAAUUAAUUGCAGAUCUUCUGCUGUAACCUCGAUUUUGUUAUAAAUAAGUAACAAAUAACGAUUUUGUACAUAAUUUGUAAUUUUGCAUUCGUACCAUGGCAGAACUUUGUAAAUAGAUGCUUUUGUAACAUAUCGAUUAAGUGUAAUAUUAAGUAUUUGCGAUUCGAGGCUUGUCUCUGCCAUUCAGCAAAGACACUGUAGACUUAAGUGCUUAUCUUAACUGUCAACAAUUAUAGGUUAUAAUGUUCAUGUUUUAUGUUUUUGUUAUUUCUCAUAAUUAAAUUUCAUAAUAUGAGUAGUUGAUACGUACGAAAUUGCCUCUUAAUUGCUCUGCACCAAACAAAUACUGGACGAUUUUACGGGCGAGAAUUGUAUUUCACAGAGUAAUAUUAUUAUUACUAUUCAUUUUACCCCGAAAACCAUUUCGGAAUUGUAAUAAGUAGAGUUAGUAAGUAAACUUAUACUUUGAGCUUAACCAGAUAAACUUAAUGUAGCAGGUGCACAUUUUGAAUUAUGUAUUGCUAUUUAGUAAAACUGCGCUGUAUAUAGUUAUCACAGGGUUUCUCAAACUAGGGGCUAAAGGCUAAAGGUAUUUAAAGAAUAUGUAUUACAAAACUGUUUUCUUAAACAGCUAAUGGAAAUAUUAACAAAUUGACAAAUGGCUGGUUCAACAUCACGAAACAUCUCAAGGAAUGUUUUAGAUCUAAUAAAUCCAAAUUUCUGACAUAUACCACUAUGACAAAACGGCGAAUCAUAAUUUUGGGUAAAUCCUUUAAAAGCAUAUCCCAAUAUGACACACAAACUUAAGCGACAAUUUAUAAGCAUUUUUAGUGUGAAUGAGUGUUUCUUUUUUAUGUGGAAUAGAAAUAAAUUUAUUUGACAAAAUUUCUAGGUCUUGCUGGAAGAACUUAGUGUGAUCCUAGUAAAAACACGAACCAGUUUGAAAAUACACUUCAUUGAUCUCUAUAAAACUUUAUUUACAAUACUUGUUCAACUUAAAUUUAAAUUUGUACUAUUGUUUUGUAACAGUGAAAAUAAAUAUUUAGCUUUCAACGCAGUAGGCUACUUGUAUUUUCUCA